GUGCACUCUAUGGGAACAUUUCCACGGCUAUGGCCCCAUGAAUUUCCCAUAUAAGUAGCAGUACGCGCGGUAUAUGCACGCUCCGCCGGUCGCUACUGUUUUAUCCGUAUACUGGUCCGAUUUAUAUGCACGGUAACUGACAGUCAGAUAUCUUCGACACAUAAAUAACAUGCAUGAACACUUUCCUACAUAUCACUUAAAGAAAUGAGACAUUUCCCUUUUAUCCCCCACAACACACAUCCCAUUCAAUCUGGCCAAUAUUGAUUCAACUGCCUUGCCACUGUAUACUGUGGCCGGGGACGAUCGGCAUUGUUUGUACACGGGAAAAGCGAGACCGGCACUUUUUGCCCAGCACACCCUGACGCGCGCGUUUGGAUACAGUGUUCUUUGUCAUUGCGGUCAAAUUUCAAAUGAGUGAGAGUUAUACGCCAGCGCCGUGGCCUGCAGACCGGGAAGAACGCUCUGAUACCGCGUGGAUAAAUCAUUGUCCUCAUCGGUGGAUAUACACAGUACGUCUGUUUACUUCGAAAACAUCCCGUCCCCGUGCAAUUCAGUAUUCAUGUCAGAGAGAUUUUAUGCCCAUACCAAAACACACACAACCGGCAUUUUAAUGGGAUUAUCUCCUGUAGGCAAUCCGCUGCAGCGCUCCUCACUCGUCCAUGCACGCCGGUCAGCAUGGGCGUGGCCUAAGAAUGUCCAUUGUCAAUUGCCGGUUUCCGGUUCCGUGCGGCUGUUGCGCUCAUGACGGAUGAGAAGAAUGCCGGCCGCGAUGUUGGCUCGCUCCCAUUCGGACGGUCAUCUAGCCGGCAAAUCAUUAAUCAAGCAUCAUUACCCACCACUAACCGAUAACGAUCCCCCAGCGGCACAUUCCGCCGGCAUUCAGCCGACGACGACCUGCCGAUUACACAAUCCCCAUGGAGCGCAUUAUGACGGCUCAUACUGGAGUCCGGCAAUCAGCGAAAUCACUCCGCUCACCCGUCCCCUCGGACCCACCGUCAUUCGCACCAUGUACGCCGGCCAUGUUGCCGUUAUGACAUUAAUCAAUCUCAGUAUUGUCACGACACAAACUGUCUUCGCCUUGUUUGCUAACCGCGAACUCGCCGUCCAGUAUGCUAAUCUCACUGUUUUCUAUUCGGCCGCGUUUUUAUCGUCAGUAUUCUUGUACCCGCUGGUCUGCUACUGGAUCAAACCGGACCGUGUUCCCAUUGUCACCGGGGCAACGGCCGUCGGGUACGCCGUCAGUUUGACCUUUUUCCCGGGGGUGUACGUUACGAUCCCUGUGAACGCCGUGUGCGGCGGCAUGCUGGGCGUGCUGAGCGUAUGGCAGGGGGAAAAGGUCAUCGGUCUCGCUGUCCAGUACGCCCAUGUGAAGGUCAACGCUACCAGCGACGCCAAAUCCACGGCGGGAGAAUGGUAUGUGUGGUCGCAAGUGUGGCUACAGACUGGGAUAAUGCUGGCCGCCAUAACCUGCAGUGUGGCGCGGAUGUGGGUGAUUCCCUCGGAAUUCAAGAGAGUAAUUGUCCAUCCGCUUGAUAUGCAGCAUCACUGUGGUUCGCACGUCUGCCAGCACGAUGUCGCCGCGCGGCUGCACCACCCGAUGAUGAUGGAUGAGGCCGGUGAUUAUCUGAACAUGAUUCUCUUCCUGUUGGCUGGCUGCGUAGCGGGCCUAGGCAGCCUGGCCGCUGGACUGAUGGUGUGCUUCGCUAGAGCGCAAAACAACAUUAACCACAACCGGAAGCAGCGCGGGCGCAGUCGCGCGGUGGUGUCACAUGAGCAGCAGCCGGCCGAGGAGGAGUUGCUCUCCGGUGGUUCCGCGUCGGACAGCAGUGAGUGCACGUCGCUGCAACAGCACUACUCCCCGCCGAUCAUUAGUCAGUUACGUGGCCUUGUUGACUUGCUGUGCUACAAUCAUAAAUUACAGACGCUCCUCCCGGUGUGUUUUCUCAUCGGACUGCACUGGGCCUUUAUGCUGACAAGCUUUUCACAGGACUUUAUUGAAUGUGCAUUAACAGCAGAUUAUGUGGGCUGGUCAUUGGCAGUGUACGCCGGAAGUUGGGCAUUAUCCCUAUAUGUAACUUAUCAAAUGAGUCGUCAGAUUAAGCGAGUGCACAUUUUGAUCUGGAUCACGUUCUUUCAAGCUGGGAUCGAAAUUGUAUUGUCUACUUGGUUGCCCGGAAAUCAUGAUGUUCCUGUCUUCUUCGUUAUGUCUGGUGUCUUGGGAUUGACUCAAGGGGCGUACUCGGCCCUCAUAACCGGACUUUGGAUCAGGAUAUUUGCUGACGACUGGACGGGAUCAUACUCAUUCAUGAUGGCCUUCAAAUUUGCCGGAUGUGCUUUUGGAUUAUUUCUACGAGCGUUUGUGUGUGUCGUUGUACAGGUGUACAUUUUGUUCGCCUUUCUCUUGGUUGCAACGGGAUGCUUUGGUUUGUUGGAAUGGAAAUACAGUAUUUAUUUGUCCCGCACUAAGCAACUGGGAAUCUUUGUAUAGCUUGUUUAAGAGCGGCACACGGUUUGUUGUCGAUUAAUACUGCUUGAGCAAUAAAACUACAGAAAAGGAGAUAUUAUUAAAUAAAAUCAAUCAAUCACCCAUCACAAUCAUAUGCUGAGCAAAUACCGGGUGGC